CGCCGCCUCCGUCGGAUCUCGCCGCCUCCUCCUGCUGCCAAAAUCGCCCCCAGGACCGUGGAAGGUACUGAAUCUCGCCGAUGUAUUCAUUUGCUUUCAAUUGUAACCCUAGGGUUUCUAUUGGGUCAUGAUUCUUGAUGUGCAGUAAACACUUCCUUCCCCUCGAUGUAGUUGGACGUAUUAGUAGAAUGAGCAAUUAUAUCUGAAGUGAGCUCCUCAAAUUGUUUGUUAAUUUGGGAUGCUUUGUUGACGAUGAGUCUGAAUUAUUUGCAUUGGCUGGAAACAUUAUUUUGAAGAAAAUUGUUAAUAAUUCUUCUCCUUAAUUCAGCAACCUUAAUUCGGGUAUUUUUCGUCGAAUAUUUUUGAUCUAUCUAGAUUUGAAACUAAUAGGGGGGAAAAUACAAGGUACAUUCUUGCAGCUUUUUCUUUUCAAACUUAUAAGUCAACUUUCCCUUUUUCAUCAAAUGAUGGUGGCAAGCAUGCAUUUUGAAAUAUCGCACUUUGGAGAUCUUUAUGCAGUGCACAUUGGCAUAUAAAAUGCACAAGUGGGGAGUUUAAAUAAGGAUCUCUCUAGUUGCAGGAGAUUCUCAAGUACUUGAGGGGUUUUGGCUAAGAGUCAUUAGCUCUCACUUGGAUCAAUGAUUAUAAUAGCCUAGGAUCAACUGUUCAGAAUUCUUUACUUAGGAUUUAAGUUACAGUUUAAGAGGAAGUGAAGCUUUCCCCUAUGUUUAUCUCAUUGCAUAAGUUGGUAAUUUGAUAUUGUACAAUGUGGAUAGAGUUUGAUAUAUCUGCAGGUAUCUGAAUGUAUUGUUUCAGGUAUUAUGCAAGCCAUCUACGAUCUCUAUGCCUGUUGUUUUUAGAAUUUUUUUGUUUUAUUAUUCUUCAUGUUCACUGUGUUUUUUUUUCAUACUGAACUUGAGAGUAGUUUGUUCUGCUUGCUGAUACUCUUUAAAGGUAAUUAUUACGUCUGCAAAUCAAUAGAAGUAUUUUUUUUUGACCUAUCAAAAUUAUGGAUGUAAACAGAAAAAAAAUCUGCAAAUGUAUGUGUUCAUAUCCUGUCGAAUAUGCAUAUAAAUAUGCAUGUAUACCUGAUCGAACACGACAUAGCUUUGAAUUUUUUAAAUUUUUUUUAAAUUAGGAUAAAAGCAGAUGUAUCAAUUUGAUCAUAAACACCCCAAAAGUAGAGGCUUCCUUAUAUAGAAUAGAAAAUAAAAGGUAAUUAAAAGAAACUAGCUUUGAUUUGUACAAGGAUGAAUAAAACUUGAGCAGGAACUCUUUUUCAGCUAGAACACUGUUUUGAAAUUCUAGACCCAGUGCAACUUUAAAAUAGAACUAGAUUUGCUACAUAGUAAAGGAAACAUAACUGGCAACGUCAUGCACGAUAACCUCUAAGCCUGAAGAAAUAGAUACUUUACAACUGAAAAUUUAUCUAAUGAUUUCUAAAAGGUAAUUGUUUAUUGAAAAAUGUACAGGAAAUAUAAAAAGAGAGCAGGAUAAUUAUACUGAUUAAUUCAAAUUAUCAUAUUCCAAAAUCAAAGCAGAGUGAAUAGUUGGAGUCAAGUAAACCACAAGGACUCCAUCAUGUACAACUAGGUAGUCAGCAAAACAAAAUGCAUAGGAACAACCACAUCCAAUAUGUUUCAAAUUAUUGAGUGACAAAUGGAUCCAUCCAAGUUUCUAAUUCUGUCAAUCCUCACUCUCCUCACCCAUAACUGCUCUUGCCAAAGCGUUCCAAGCCACAUUGAAGAAGGCCAUAGAGUUGUGAGUGUGGAUGAUCACUUCGCCAAAGGCGAUGGAGCUACCGAUGAUAGCAAGGCAUUUAAAAAAGCCUGGAAAGAAACCUGCUCAUCUUCAGUAUCAGCUGUGCUUGUGGUGCCCAAGAGAAGGAGAUAUUUGCUUGAGCAACUCAACUUCACUGGCCCUUGCAAGUCUCCUGUCACAUUUCUGAUUAAGGGAACCCUCGCUGCUCCUUUGAAUCGAUCCGAAUGGAACGAUAAGAACAGAAGGCUAUGGAUCGUAUUUGAUAGCGUGAGGAACCUUGUCGUCGAAGGAGGAGGUACCAUCAAUGGCAAUGGGCAUAUUUGGUGGCAAAACUCUUGCAAGAGAAAUAAAACUCUGCCCUGCAUCGGCGCUCCAAUGGCAUUGACCUUUGUUUCAUGCAAUUACUUGAGGGUGAAGAACCUAAGAAUAAAAGAUAGCCAACAAUUUCAUGUAGUAGUAAAAGAUAGUAGGGAAGUUAAACUCUCAAAGCUCUUCAUCCAUGCACCAGAAAAGAGUCCAAACACAGAUGGGAUUCAUUUGGAUCAUGCCAGUAAUGUUGUCAUAAGAAACUGCGAAAUCAGGACAGGUGAUGACUGUAUUUCUAUAUGGACUGGAUCCAAGAACGUCAGAGUUCAUAAGAUAUUUUGUAGAAACUUAGAAACUUGGAUGGAUCCAUUUGUCACUCAAUAAUGGAAAUGGUGAAGGAUGGGUUAAGCAAAUUUGGAUCCUUUUGCAGUAACACUGCCAUUUGAGCUGCACUAUUAGGUUAAGAGGAGUAUCCUUGAGAAACAUCUUAUAUUCUCUUUGAUUCGUAACAGACAUGAAAUAAAAUCUUGUUGCCAAAAACUAUAUCCGCAUGAUUAAAAUUCUUGAUAUUUCUAGGAUUACUUUGUAAUUAGAAGUUAGAACAUUCUUUUACCAGCUAUAAGAUGAGUUCCACAUUCCAAUGGUCAAUUUGUUCGAAAAAAGAACUGAUGAUAGUUAACUGUAUGGGCUGUCAUCAGUAGGUUCCACUGAAAGGUAUUUUCUGUUCCUUAUGUCUAGAUCACCUUUUAGAACUGGUUGUUCCUUAUGUCUAUAUCCGUGGCUAUUAUGCAUUAGUGCCCUUGGCAUAUACAACAUCAUUCAUUGGAAUCCUCAUGUUUAUCAAGCCCUUUCUCCAUAUUAUAUGUUUAAAUCCUCAUGGUUAUCUCGAUUGACUUUUAUUGAACUUCAGGAAUCAGUAGUUUUUCAUUGGUGAUGGUUAUCCUACAAAUCUUUGUUAUGGAUCAAAAUUGUGGAGUCUGGCAUAAUUACAUUUAUAUCCUCGUAUUCUAGAUUUUAUACUUAGAUGAAGAAUGAUUCCAAUCUUUAAGGACCUUGUAUCUGAUUUUUUUUUUAAUUCUCAUCGCAUUGCAAAUUAUUUUUUUCAUUAAUUCCAACUCAAACUGUUUGACUAUGUCUGAAUUUGAGGAAAUACGCUUCAAUGAGGUAGUUGGUCGUAAAAGUAGUUGUUUGUUUAAAAGCUCCCAUACGCAUCAUUCUCUUUGUGAUGUUUUUUGUUCUUUUUUGCAUGUAGAAAGUGUGAGAUGGCCUGUUCUUGCUAUAGCAAUACUAGCUGUAGUGGUGGGAAGCCAAUCAAUCAUCAGCGGGACAUUCUCCAUCAAAUCCAU